AUGAACCCGCCACCGCCGGCCGUUCACCUCGCGAGCGCCGUUGGGCUCCCGCCGCCGGCCGCCGUGGCCCCUUCCUCCCACGCGCUCCUCCUCCGCCGCGCGCUCCUCACUCCCACCGUCGGCCGCCAUGGCCCCUCCCUCCCCGUCGGGCGUGCCGUCGUUCCCACCCCCAAUGCCGCCGGCACCACCUCAAGGCCGUUCGCCUCCACCGCCGGACUAGGCCGCCAUGGCCCCUCCCUCCCACACCCGCCGGCCGCCGUGGCCCCUCCCUCCCCGUGCUCUGAUGGCUACUGCUCCGAGCUCGUCGUGGAACCUGGGUGCCGUACCCGCAGCGGUGGUGGCCGCCCGCGCCGCGGCAAGCUCCUGGCUCGGCUUCGGGCUAACACGCAGGGCGGCAUGCACGAAUGCAGUGUGCGCCUCGAGCGGCAGGCCGGCCAUGACCAUCCUCUGCGCAUGGAGGUGGUGGUAGGCCGUAGCCGAGGACGAGGACGCCAAAGCCUGGCCAACUAUUUGCAUCGUCAUUAUCUGCGGCGGUGA